UUUCAAAUUACAGCAGAGGAUCAACCAGGACGUAAGUUUAGUGCAAGUUCGUCAAGCGGUGUCUGGAAAAAAAUCCUUGAUGAAAUUAAUGUACAAGGCGUUCCUUCAAAAACUCAUGCAAGUGGUCCUGAAAUGUUGGGUCUGAGUCACUUAGGAAUCACAAAAUACAUACAAGAAUUGCCUGGAGCAGAAAAAUGUACAAAAUAUGUUAUGCAAAGAUGGGUAGAUGACGAUGAUGAUCAUGAGAAUGAAAAUAACGAUGUUGAUAAUUUUAGUAAAAUUUCUAAUAAAGUUUCUAAAUCCACAAAUGGUUAUCAUUAG